AAAAUAAAAAUAGCCCGCCUUUCACAAUAAAUUCAAACACACAGCGAGAGGAGAGCCCCAACGUUUCUCACAGAUAGAGAGAGAGAGAGAGAGAGAUGUUAAAGAACGAAGCGAAAUCGAAGUCGAAGACGGUAAGGAAGCCAUUGAGAGACGUAUCCAACAAGAAGUAUAAUAAUGGCGGAACGUUCUCGAAACCCUUGGAUAUGAAGAAGGAUCUCAGAUUUUCAGAGAAAGAAGAGGAUCGGUGUAAGGGAGUGGAAGAAGAAGUAGAUGAAGAAGAUGGAUCGCUCGACCGCCUUCUGCUCGUCCAGUCCGAUCUCUCCUCUCUCGUCCAUCAGUUUGAUGAGCUCGUUGUGCAAGCAUUUAAACUGAAGUCAACGAGCAAACAGGGGAGAAUAGAAAUUGAAUCUUUCACGCAUUUCUUGUCUGAAAUGCUUUCUUCUUUAAAGCCAUGGCUUCCCAGAUUUCAGAAGGUUCUCUCCAGUCCUUCGGCAGAGUCUGAAAAUCAGUUGGGACAGACUGGGGAAAGUAAAAUAGUUUCUUCGAUUAAUGACAUUGAAAGUGAUGCUGUUGACAGUCCAGAAGAAACCAAGUUGGAUUCAUUAAUCUCUCCUUCUCCCCUUGUAUCAUGGCGUGCUGACUGCACUGUUGAGAGAGGUAGACAGCUUUUUUUGCUUACACCUCUUCCUAUAUCAAAAACAUUAUCGUCCAAAUGUCAGGGCCCAUCUAAAUCAGUAUUUGAAAGGAAUACUUCCAAUACUGCUUCUGAGCAGCCAACUUUUUGUACUCUUUUAGAAGAUGUAAAUGAUGAUUUACUUGAAAGUGUUCCCAUAAGGCCAACUACAAGUAAGCCUUCUGAUUCUGCUACCACUGAAUUUAGAAAAACUUUACAGUCUGAAUUUGCAUCUUUGUCCUGUUUUUCAAAAAAGGAGUGCUCCAUGCUUGUUAUGACUCCAUGCUCGAAAAUGUCACCUCCAAAAUCUUGUGUAUUGCUUGAACCUAUAUCUGAGACCUCUCAUCAAGGCAAUUACAGGUUUCGUAAGGCUACCCCAUUUCCUGUUGGGAUUAAUUGCAGUAGAUCACAACUUUCUGAAUCCUCUAGCAGUGAUACUUCUGAAGGUCUUGCUUUCAAGUAUCCUGAGCUCUUAGGGAUUCAAGGGGCUUAUAAACCUGGGAUUGGAAAGAAAAAGGCAGAAGCAUCGCCAGGCUGGUUUGUGUCACCUCCUAAAACUUGCGUCUUACUUCAGCCACCUGAUGAGAAAUCAUUGAAUGAUGCAGCUGAUGGCUGCCAGAUGCCUUCGUCUCAUGUUUUCAAUAAUCAAAAGAACUUGUCAUUUGCAAAGCAAGACAAUGUCCAAUGUGGUGUUCUGCAAACCAGCAAAUCUUGUAACCAAGAAACUCUUGGUGGCAAUUUAGCAUCCAUAGACAGCACUCCAAUGUGGAGGGAACCCGAAAGCACAAUCCACCGAGGCAAAUGUCCCGGUGAGAAUACUUUAAAGAAAGAGUUGUGGACAAGGUUUGAAGCAGCAUCCACUCAUGGGCUUCGUUUUAAUGCCUCUGUGCCUGAAAAUACUGCUUCUAAAGGAUUUCUUGACUUACUCGACGAGGCCUCUUGUGACGAAGAAAGUUAAAAUGGUUGCGGGUUUGAGCCAGCAAACGUAAAUUUUUUUUCAUUUAUUUUUGGAUAUGUAAAUGGUGGUUCUUGUUGUAUGCUAGAACAGGAGAACUAUUUAGGGGCUCGGUCAUUGGUUUUGUACCACCUAUGACACAUGUAUCCUUUGGUGGCACAGGCGCUUUUGUUCGCUGAUCAAUUUUUCGAUAAUACAUAUGUUGCUUAUAAUUUGUA